UUCAAAGAUCGCACCUAGCGACAACACACAACAGAUAUGAAGUAGCUUGUUUUACUAACUUAAACUUGGUUAGAUAUAGGCCUAUUAAGUCGUUAAAAGUACUACCGCUACAUAAAAAUACUGGUAGGAUUACUUGUUGGGACUUUGGCCUAAAUUCCCGAUCUCGAAUUCAAGGAUGGAAUACACUGGCAGCAGCUAUGAUGGUGACCACAAGAACGGAAGGAUGGAAGGUAAAGGAAAAUACGGGUUUCCAACAGACACAAAGUACGAAGGUGAAAUGAAGGAUGGCAUGUUCCAUGGUAAAGGAACACUGUUCUUUCCAAACGGAAGCAAGUAUGAUGCAACGUGGGAAAACGGCAUAGCUGUAGAGGGGAAAUACACAUUUGCUGAUGGUUUGGAAUACGAUGAGCCAGAGUGGCUGUAUUGUGAUGGUUAUGAUAGGAGAUUCUACACAGAGACGUGUGAUGGACUCAAACCAGCUGGUCGAUCACAGUUAACGAAUAGGAUACCCCCAAGAGAUAUUCCAGAAGGUUGCUAUGAUACAGGUGAUGGUUUCUAUAACCCAACAUCAAGAGUCAUUGUGGAUUAUAACCAUAAAUUCCUACGAAAUGCAGAUGAUGAUGAACAUGCGUGGAUUAUCAAGACUUGCAGGAAAGGAUGGGACGAAAUAGCAGGAUAUCAAGAGAAACCAGAUUUAUAGGACAUACUUAAUCAUAAGAUAUGAUCUAACAAAUCUCAACUAUAUUUAUCAUAUUUUUAAUAUGCAAGACUUGUUUCCAUACCAGUGCCUCUAAAAUGGGCACGAUACUUUUCAAGUUAACAUAAGUUGUCAAAAAGAUGUGCAGACAAAGAUGACAUUUAUGGCAAUCAGUGAUCUGUGCUUUACCAAUUUCUUCAUUUCAUGAGUCAUGAUGGAUUUUAUGAUAACUCAUGAGUUUUAUUCAUGUUGAUUUGACUGGAUUACAGCAAAUACAUCUAAGUUUCUUGACUUUGUUCAGAAACAAUGUUUCCGAGUAUACAUUUUCUUGCUUAGCUUUUUCCCACCAUAUAUGAAUGAAAGCUUGUUUUAACUACCCAUUACAGGCAUUUUAUUACUAUGAUAAUAUUAAAGAUGACUGAAGUUGUAAAAAUUACAAAAUCAAUGAUGUUAUGAGCAACAGAAAGAUAACAAUUGCAAAAUAUAAGCCCCUGGUGUUUAUGAAAAGAAUCACUGCAAAAUAUUGUAAUGCAAAAUAUUCUUUGCUCCAAAAUCUUCACAAUUAGAAGUUUUAGUUGAUUUGAUGAGCAUGUAUUCUGUGGCUUUUCAAGUAGCAUACAUGUCAGAACUAAAACAGAUCAGUACUUUUGAACUUGAUUCCUUAGACCCAUGAGAUGAAGCCCUAACCUGAUCACACAGGUGGAAUAUCUCAUAAAUAGAACUACCUUGUAAAUUACUAACCUAAGCAAAGCAAUCAUCACCUUGAAAGUUAAUCCCGACAAUAAGAUGGCAUAUUAUUAAAAGCAGAAAAAUUUGGUGAAGGUUUAACAAAAUCCAUCAGUGACUAAGAGCUAUGAUUUUCAAAUUUCAGAUUUUGUUUUGACGUCGUAAUAUUCGAGCACCUGCCCUGUAUGUCAUCAUUGUAUAAUGUGAAUUCUAUGAAUUCACCUUUCAAAAUGGUUCAUGAUGACUGAAUAUAUUUUUCCCAUAAAAUUGUGUAUGAAAUAAUGUAUGUAUGAUAACUAAUAUGUCUGAUUAUAUAUAUGACAUGCUGAUAUCAAACUAUUAUCUAUUUUCAAAGAAAAUGUCAUAUGGAGGAGCUACUUGCACUUCAUAAGAGUAUAAUUUUGUCCAAAUGGAUUUUCAAUUUCAUACAGGGGUGUGAGAGUUCAGAUUUUUAUCUGAUUUCAAGUUUUUUUGUUAUGAUUUUCAGCUGAAUUUCAGCUUAUA